CAAAAUUGGCGUGCACGUGCGUUUCGUAGUAGUGAACUGGAGAAGUGUAACGAGACGGUUGAGUGAGCAGACUUUAAAAAAAAAAUAAUCAUGUCACCCAGAGGCAGAAGAGAAAAACGAGAAGCUGAUGUUUACUGGAACAUUUCAGUGGAUGUGAAACAGGAGAGCUGUGAUGUUUAUAGAAAUAUCAUGGAUUUUAAGGGGGAGGACUGUGAGUUGGAGUCCAUCUACCUUAAACAGGAAAGUCUGAGCAUCAAGGAGGAGAACAGUGAACUGCAGGCAGUUGGCAUUAAAGAAGAAUUUGAAGAGAACUUUGUCAGUAUUGAGACACACAACCAUACAUAUCUGAACAGUGUAAAAGAAGACAACCUUUAUGAUCGGUGUCAAGAUGGAGUGGUGACCUGGUUAGACUCUUCUCAAUGCAGACACUGUUCAUCUCCAGAGCCUUCUGUCAAUGUGAAGUCUGAAUCAUUACAGUCUAAAGCAAAGCGGACUAAGAAAACUACUUCUGUUAGAGCUCAGGAAAAUUGGCCACCAUCUACAAAGAAGUCUGGAAGAAGAAACAAAAAUCAGUGCAGUUUGGAAUCUGGAAAAGAAUUCUGUGGCAGGAGUGCUCUUCAGAAACACCCGAGAGUUCACACGGGAGAGAUGCCAUAUUGCUGUAAGGAAUGUGGUAAACAGUUUUCACGUAUAAACAAUUUGAAGAAACACACUAGAGUUCACACGGGAGAGAAGCCAUAUUGCUGUAAUGAAUGUGGUAAACAGUUUUCACAAAAGAUCAGUCUUCAGAAACACAAUAGAAUUCACACUGGUGAGAAGCCAUAUUGUUGUAAUGAAUGUGGUAAACAGUUUUCACAAAUGAUCAGUCUUCAGAAACACACUAGAGUUCACACCGGAGAGAAGCCUUAUUGCUGUACUGAAUGUGGUAAACAGUUUUCACUAAUGAGCCAUCUUCAGAGACACACUAGAGUUCACAACAGAAUAAAAAGGGUACCAGUCCAGAAAAAUAACCACCCUUCAGGAUCAAGAGUGAGGUUCACUCCUGUCCUGAAAAGUAAGCAAACUGAACUAUUGUUGACAAACUAAUCUCUGAGAGAAGCCAUAUUGCUGUUUGGAAUGUGCCAAACAAAUCUGUCAGAGGAGUUCUCUUCAGAGACGCACCAGAAUUCACACCGGAGAGAAGUAGAAAUGAACUGUCCUGACUAAAGAGUGAGGUUCACUCCUGCCUGGACAGUAAGCACUUUUAACACUAGAAUUACCAGAGC